CAGCCGACCGUAAAGAGUGUCAACAUGAUCGCACCGGUUGCCGGUUUUGCAGGUUAAGUUAGGUAUUGUUAGCAUACCAUAUCAUACAAACGUACAUUGCUUUUGAUUGGGAUUCGGGCUGUAGAAAAAUGAGGUGUGAAUAAGGUAUUGAAAAUCUCAUUCUUAACAAUGGCCCUUCGGAAAGUUGUCAAGACUGUCCUUAGUGUGGAACAACAAGAGGGCGUUGGUGCCAGUGUUCGCAGAAGCAUAGGUCGGAAAGAGCUACAAAAUUUAGAUCCUUUUUUGAUGUUAGAUGAAUUUAAAGUCUGCAAGCCAGCAGGCUUUCCUGACCACCCACACAGAGGUUUUGAGACUGUUACUUAUUUAAUACAAGGCACUUCUGCCCAUGAAGAUUUUUGUGGUCACAGCGGUAUAAUGAAAGCAGGGGAUUUACAGUGGAUGACAGCUGGCAGGGGAGUUGUUCAUGCUGAAAUGCCUGUCUCAGAUGAACCUGUCUGUGGUCUCCAGCUCUGGGUGAAUCUGAGAAGCUCAGAAAAAAUGGUGGCACCUCAGUACCAGGAACUGAAAAGCAAGGAUAUCCCAAAACCCAGCAAGGGAGGAAUGACAAUAGCUGUCAUCUCUGGAGAAGCUCUGGGAGUCAAGUCCAAGGUUUAUACAAGAACCCCAACCAUGUAUCUUGACUUUAAACUGGAGAAAGGAGCAAAACAUGUGCAACCAGUUCCUAUAGGAUGGACUGCAUUUAUCUAUACCCUUUCAGGAUGUGUUCACGUUGGUCCUGACAACGACCAGAGACAAAUCGAGCCGCACCAUACAGUUGUGUUGGAUGAUGGAGAGGGUAUACAAGUGGAAAAUAAGGAUCCUGAAGUAGCACACUUUGUAAUAAUUGCAGGAGAACCAAUUAAGGAACCAGUUGUAAAACAUGGUCCUUUUGUGAUGAACACUGAGGAAGAAAUAACACAGGCAAUCAAUGACUUUCGAUCUGGAACCAACGGGUUUGAACGGGCUAAAUUAUGGAAGUCAAAAAUACGAUACAAGUAAACAUUUUCGGCAUAUGUUUGUGUCAACAAAAUUUGACAAAAACAACAAAUGUGUGACGCUUGUCUAGCAACUCUUGUUUUUUUUCUUCUCUACUGUGCAUUAUUUAAUGAGUAAACAAAGUUUUUGAAAGGCGUCUUGGUAGAUAAUGGGAAAAGGGUAUUAAAUAUAUCUUCAAGCUCUGCUUUUAUAAAUGCGUAGAAAUAGCAGCCUUAGUUGGGAGUCAGUUUCUUAAUUUUUACUGAGUAAGAUCCAUACAAGGACCUUUUCAAAGUUCUUUGCGAGUCUGUAAUUCUUUUUGUGUUUUUGUAAAUGUGAAAAAUCCAUUAAAAAAUAUAGGAAUGAUUAUAUGGAGAAUUUGCCUACAAUGGAUGGAUAUAAUUCAAUCGCUUAAAUGGCAUUUUUUAUAUUGAUUUAUUAUUGAUUGAUAUAAAAAGUGCCAGUUCAAAAGAUUUUACAGUUCAUACUAGUCGUUUAAGUUAUUUCUGUCAGUAGUGUACAAUUUCUUGGAUCUAUUUUUUGUCUUUUUGACAUGUUCGUUUCCCUUUCUCAGGACCAGCACCAUGUUUUAACAAAAAGAUCACGUACUGUGUGUUUAUCUUUACAACUUACAUAACAUACUGUACUAAAGCCGUGUUUGGUUACAAGAUGGCCUUCCAUAUUAUUUAAUUAUUUCCAAUUGGCAUGUUGUAAUGGUAACAUAACCUUUUUUUUUUUGUUUAACAGGUUUAGUGUUCUCUUUGGUUUGGACAUAUGCAAAUUACUGGGUAUGCAAAUUUCUCAUCAUCCUUAAUCGAUUAUGUGGUCAUGUAACGUGUCAUUCACUACUAGACCUAUAAGCUUUACUUCACAAGGAAGUGGGUGCAAACCAAUCAUGACAGUUGUAGCCUAUAGACAUUUACAAAAUACUGUGACAAUAUUGUGACAACAGAGGUGGUACAGUAAUCCAAAUUACAGAAACUGUUAACACUGGAACAAUGCGCUGGGAGCUACACUUAAUGGCCAGUUAAGGCUUUUCUUACAUUUUUUGGGCAGUUAAUGUAUUAGUUGUUGCUUAGUUACAGUAUUGUAAAAUUGCGAGGUGUUGUUUUCUCACAUCAAAAACAAGGUAAUGCUCCUUAGUUUUGCCACAGUUAUCCCUGAUGCGUAUUUGAUGCAGAAGGUGGAAAACAAAACAAAAAACACACCCUUUCCCGAAUAAGAUUUGUGUUCUCAUUCAUUUGGACUAUGUUUAACUGGUGUGUAAAUAUUAUGAAAAUGACUAGGUAUGCAAUUUCUCUAUGGUAUCUUAAUUCCUUUAUGUGGUCACAUGCUGUGUCAUCCAGUUGACCUAUAUAAGCUUGUGAGAGGUGUAUGUGCAAUUAAUUGGCGACCAUGCGAAGGAGAAAGGACAUCAGUGACUUCGCUAGGGGGUAUAUAGCGGGUGCGUGUUCUCAUGGCACUUCUGUAAGCAAAGUCAUUGGAGCUGUCAAUGUAUCCAGACAGACAGCCUCACGGGUGUACAAGGAGUGGAGAUUUCAUAGAAAACGCAGCAAUGCCAAGAAGGGUCGAAAACGGAUCAUCAGUGGCCCAGCCAAAAGACGUUUGCAGAGAAUUGUGAGGAUGAAGAGAGGUGCUUCAAUAGUUGAAAUAACAACUGCCUUCAACAGGGGACAUCAUAUUCUUGUUUCUACUUCAACAGUAAGCAGGGAGUUACACCGUAUGGCCAAUUAAGGUCAUUUGCUAAUCCUUUAUCCAAGCAAUGCAAUAAUUGGUGGUUUCAAUAUUGUCAAAUGGUCAUGUUUUUCUUCAUUUAAAGAAACGAGUGGAAAACAACAGACUGAAUAAAAACCAAUUGAUCCUCGCUAAGCAUUAGUUGUAUUUGUGAAUUUUUGGAUCAGUUUGUUAGAAGGUAUGAUUUAACUA